AUGUCUAGCAUUCAGCAACUGAAGAAGUUACGGCCUCUAGGCAAACUCGAGCAAGUAUCUGCAUCUUGUCACCACCUGGGAUAUUUUAACAACGUCGGUCUCUCGGCUCACUACUAUCUUCCGAGAUCCUCUUCUCUUGCGAUAUCCGAUCUACGUAAGCUUGUCUACGCUGCGGCCGGGGACGUGAUUAGCAAGCAUCCUGUAUUAUUCGCCAUACCUGCCAACGAAGAUAGCCCCAAUGCCUACUUUGUUUCUCUUCCCUCGAUCAACCUCGAUCAGCGUAUCAAAUUUCUCAUCCGUUCUCAGCCUUUAACUGUUCUCGACGAAGGAGAAGACGAAGAACUUGAUGCCGUCCUUGAAGAUCAGCAUAACACCAACUUCAAGAAUGAUUAUGGAAAGGCACCAUUCUGGCGUCUUAUUAUUGUUCAAGAUGCUGAAGGAGAUAUGAGUUUUACGGCAUCAUUCAUCUAUCAUCACGCUAUUGGCGACGGCUUCUCUGGUCUAGUGUUUCACAAUACGUUCCUCGAUUCACUAGAGACUGUUUCUUCUUCUCCUGUAUCUGGUCUCCAGAGUAAGCAGAUAAUUCUCCCAGAUGACAACGUUCAUAUAAUGCCAGCUCUCGGGGAAUUGCACCCUCUGCCGAUAAACCCGAGCCCGCCUCUUCAUUCCGCGACAAAUCUCAACGAGUGGACUGGCAACUCCAUCCGUUGCCCCUGUAAAUCUCGCUGGAUCUCUUUUCAUAUCUCAUCAGGGACCUCUGAAUCCUUCUUUCGCAAAUGCAAGCAGAAAGGGCUAUCUGUGGCAUCCGUCGUGUCAUCUGUCAUCGCCACGAUCCUAUUUCGUAUUCUUCCACCCGAUAUUGAAGCCCUCACUUGUAUAAUUCCAGUUAAUCUUCGGCCAUGGCUUCGAUCAUCUAAUGCCGAGGCCACUAAGACUGCAAUGGGUAGUUACUUUGAUGCCACCAGAGUACAGCUCAUACGGCCUAGUCAACACCCUGAAGAUCCUAACUCGGCCGACGAUAUAUGGUCCUGUGCUCAGCAAGCAUCAAAAGGGAUCAGGCAAUACCUAGAUAACGUAUCGCCUUCUGGGGAACCUUAUACGGCAGUUUCAGUAUUGGAAACGAUCCCAGAUAUCUCGGCUAUCUUCACCUCAGUUGUUGGAAAACCUCGCGACGCAGCGUUUGAAGUAACAAACAUUGGGCUUUUCUCGUCUGCCGCUGCUUCUGAGAGGAAGGCCGAUAGUUGUUGGCAAGUAGGGAAAGUUCUACUCAGUCGAAGUUCUUUGGUAUCAGGUGCUGCAAUCACUAUCAGUAUCGCCACUGGAGGAGAUGGGACAAUGGCCGUCGGGUUUAGUUGGCAGGAAGGUGUUGUUAAGGAUUGCCUUGUUCAAAAAGUCAGCAGAGAGGUUAAGAAAUAUUUUAAAGACAAUAGCUAG